AUGAUGAGUACCAAGCGCGCCGAAGUCCUCCUAGGAAGUGGAAAUUAUUUCCACUGGGAGUUUAAUAUGAGGAUGACGCUCGCCAGAAAAGGGCUGCUGGUGCAUGUGGAGGUGGUCAAGGCGGAGAGUGAGAUAGCGGAAGCUUGGCUAGUGAACGACGCGAAGGCUCUCGGCAUCAUCGCGCAGGGUGUGGAGCUACAACACCAAACAAAGAUACGUUCAUCUACGCGUGCGAUUCAAGCGUGGGUAACGCUUAGAUAG